AUGGCGGCCCACACGCUGCACACAGCAGCAGAACCCAAAGAACCGUUACCGCCACAACUGACAAACCACAGGUACUUCGAGGAGAAUGUGUGUGAAGGGAUGACCACAGCAUAUGUCGAUGGCUGCUCCUACAAUCAACAGGAAAUUGCGGCCAUCCUCAUCACCCUACAAUUUGCUGCAUCCCACAACAUCAAAGAACUCCUCAUCUAUAUCGACUCGAACUAUGCCCGUCUAAGCUUCACAUGCCAUCUAGCUGGAUGGAAACAGAAUGGAUUCAAGACGGCUAACAACAAGCCUGUCAAACAUCAGGAACUCUUCCAAGCAUGCGAAGCCAUUUUCACUGAACAUGACAUGAUCAUUUAUUGGAAAAACGUCCGAGGCCACUCACGUCAACCAGGACAAGACAAAGAUCUCAAUGACCAAACUGAUGCCCUCGCCAAAGCAGGUGCAUUAGUCUUGGACAUGUCCUGCCCUCCCACCCACCCCAUCAGUGGCUGCUAUAACCCGCCGCCAGCAUGCCACUGGCAUGCAAACCCCCACCUCCACAUUGAACUCUCACCUCAAUUCGCCACUGAUGAUCUCCUCACCCUCCAAGCUUCGGAUCCGACACUGCAAACUAUUGCAGCUCACCUUUCAGACCCAUUAACUCAUCCCAUUCCCACCUCUGACCUUGCCACUUCCUAUGAACUCUGCACACUCAACUCUAUCAAGCACAUGCUGCAUCUCAAAGACGGCGUCCUCACAUAUGUCCCUGAGCCCCUCACUGCGCCAAAACUCGUAGUCCCUCAGGGCCAAAGGGGGAUAAUGCUGACGCACGCCCACGAUUCACGCUGGACACCAUGGCACAAAGGCCACCUACGAAAUGUUCAAGCAAGUAGCAUACUGGCCUGGCAUGCAGCAAGACAUGGCGGAGUACGUAAAAGGAUGCCUGGUGAGUUGCCAGUUCCAACCGGCAAACCCAAACCACCGAGCACCACUGCAAUGGAAAGGAAUGACCUUCCCAUGGUCGAACCUCCAAAUAGAUUGGGUGGGACCCCUACCAUGGUCAACACGGGGUUCGGACCUCCCUUAAGGGUCAACUCUGACCGAGGAACCCACUUCACCGCCGAAGUCAUGAAGGAAGUGUGGAAACUCCUGGGUAUACAGGCCAAGCUUCAUAUAAGCCAUCACCCAAUUUCCUCAGGUCAAGUGAAACGAACCAACAGGACAGUGGUCAGCAUGUUGAAGAAGUAUGUGUCCGCCAAUCAAAAGGAUUGGGAUAUUAAGCUUCCUCUGGCUGGUAUGAUUCGCACUGAUUCUGAUGAGUACUUCAUUGAGCCUCUGGAGCGAGGAACACAGGAACACGAGGAGAGGGGAAGAGUUCAUGUGGUGUAUCGAAGGUCUGCAGUAUUGCAAGCGCCUUCAGACAUCUCCUUGGAUUACCAGCCAAUCGAGCCUGAAUUGGAUGCACCAAGAGUGCUGGACAAUAUUGCUAAACAAGUCAACCAGACAGUCAGGAGGCGGAGACACGCUGGUGGUGAUGAUGACUACAACAUUGAGGUGCUGCUUGGGGUAGAUGAUACUGUUGUCCGUUUCCAUGGGAAAGAGCAUGUGCAAAACUAUCUCCUCACCCUGAUGAAUAUUGUGAAUGAGAUCUACCAUGAUGAAUCAUUAGGAGUGCACAUUAAUGUCGUGCUUGUGAGGAUGAUCAUGCUUGGAUAUGCUAAGUCCAUCAGUCUCAUUGAGGGUGGCAACCCUUCGCGAAGCCUAGAAAACGUGUGCCGCUGGGCAGUCAUCCAACAGAAAGAGGAUUCAGAGCACUCCGAGCAUCACGACCACGCCAUCUUCUUGACCCGGCAAGGCUUCGGCCCCACUGGCAUGCAAGGAUAUGCCCCUGUCACCGGGAUGUGCCACCCUGUCCGCAGCUGCACCCUCAAUCAUGAAGACGGCUUCUCUUCUGCCUUUGUUGUAGCCCAUGAGACAGGACAUGUACUGGGAAUGGAGCAUGAUGGUCAGGGCAACCGCUGCGUUGACGAAACAGCCAUGGGAAGUGUCAUGGCCCCUCUGGUGCAAGCAGCCUUCCACCGCUACCACUGGUCGAUGUGCAGUGGGCAAGAGCUGAAGAGAUACAUUCAUUCAUAUGACUGCCUGCUGGACGAUCCCUUCAAACAUGACUGGCCGCAGCUCCCUGAACUUCCCGGCAUCAAUUACUCCAUGGAUGAGCAGUGUCGCUUCGAUUUUGGAGUUGGAUACAAAAUCUGUACUUCAUUUCGUACAUUUGAUCCAUGCAAGCAGCUGUGGUGCAGUCAUCCAGAUAAUCCUUACUUCUGCAAGACCAAAAAAGGGCCUCCAUUGGACGGGACUGAAUGUGCACCUGGAAAGUGGUGCUACAAAGCCAACAAAAGAUGUCAUCUUUAUUGCCAGUCAAAAGAAACAGGUGACGUGGCUUACAUGAAGCAGCUGGUGCAUGAUGGGACAAAGUGCUCUUACAAAGACCCGUAUAGCAUCUGUGUGCGUGGAGAUUGUGUGAAAGUGGGCUGUGACAGGGAAAUUGGCUCCAGUAAGGUGGAGGAUAAGUGUGGUGUGUGUGGGGGUGACAACUCCCACUGCCGAACUGUGAAAGGAACCUUCACUCGUGUGCCCAAGAAAGCCGGUAAGAUGCUUUCCACUUUCCUGGUCCAUCAGACAGUUCUUCAUUCUAUACUGCAGACCUGUCAUUAA